AUGCCCUCCCCACUUCUCCAGCGCCUCUACCACGUCGACGCUCCCCACCGCGCCCGCCCGGCCUCCAAGCCCAUGGGCGUCCUCGUGCUGGGCCUCCCCCGCACCGGCACCGACAGCCUGCGCACCGCGCUCUCCCGCCUCGGCUACACCACCAUCUGGCACGGCUUCGAGCUGCCCGCCACGCGCCAAUCAGAGUCCUUCCGCUGGGUGCCCUUGCUGGAAGCCAAGGCGGCCGGCGACCCCGAGGGGGCGGUGCGUCGCUUCGAUUGGGAUUCCAUGCUCGGCGACUGCGACGUGCUGAUGGAUAUGCCGCCCGCGCUGUUUGGGGAGGAGUUGUUGGAUUUCUAUCCGGGGGCGAAGGUGGUGCUGAGUCGGAGGGCGGAUGUGCGGGAGUGGCAUCGUAGCUUGGCGGCGGCGGCGAGGGUGACGGUGCAAGGGCCGCUGGGGUGGACGCUGUGGACGCUGGGAUGGUUUCAUGCGCCGCUGUUUUGGUGGUAUCGGGCUGUGGCGGUGUUGUGCUUGCAGGUUAAUCUGGGGAAUGGUGACUUUGAGAGGUUCGGGCACGUGGUUGGAGAGGAGCAUUAUCAGUUGUUGGAGCGGAAGUUGAAGGGGGAUGGCAGGGAUUACUUGGAUUGGGAGGCCAAGGAUGGAUGGGCGCCGUUGUGUGCGUACCUGGGCGUGGAGGUACCGGAUGAGGAGUUUCCGCACAAGAACAAGAGUGGGGAUGAAUUCAAACGCAACGCAGACAAGUGUAUGGAGCAGAUGUUGUUGAAGGCGGCGUUGAAAAUGUGUGCUGUGGUGGCAGUGCCAAUCCUCGCUACUAGUGCCGGGCUAUGGUGGAAGAGAUGA